UUGUCAAUAUAGGGCCAUUAAAAAAUAAAAUAAAAAAAAGAGUUUCAAAUUUCGAAUGUUAAUCGAAUAUACCGCGAACGCGAAAAUCACAGUGACAAAAAUGGCGGAAAAUGGUGACGUGAUUAAAAAAAGUUUCAAUGGCACUUGCACUUUGGGUGUGAAUAAAAGAACGAGUGGUUCCAUAGCUAAAAAAGCUGAAGCUUAUUUGAAAGCUGUUAAAGAAAGUAUAGGGACACCACCAGUGGCAAAAGUUCAAAAGCCGAGUAUACCGAAGCUGGAGGUGGUGCAGCGAGUGGCCGCCAUUCCUAUCGUCGGCUCCGGCAUCGAAGUCACCGAGAAGGUCUACCAUAAGAUCAGGGAAUCCAACCCCUUGAUCCGUUGGUACCUCUCUCUGGGAGAAAAGUCCUUAGCCACCGGUGUGCAGCUGGCACUCCCAGCGGUGUUACUGUUCGAGACGCCUAUCCAUCAGCUGGAUAAGUUCCUUUGCAUGUCACUCGAUGUUGUGGAGAAGACUGUGCCGUCUAUCAACCUGCCGCCGCAAGCAUAUUCCGAGACCCGUCGCUUCGUGUUACGUCGUACGGACUCGGUGAAGCAGCUGGGUACUGCCGUCCUAGACUCCAGAGUAACUGCAGUUACUGCCACGGUGUUAGACAGGGCACUGACCACUGCUGACAAGUAUGUGGACAAGUACCUCCCGCCGGAUCCACAGGAUGCUAGUGACGUGGUGAUCAUAGUGACGAGCGCGGAGGCUGCGGAGAGUGGGGACAGCGGCCGCGCCCGCGCCGCGCAGACCGUGCAGCACGGCGCCCGCUUCGGCAGGAAGCUGCAGCGACGCCUCACACGGCAGGCCCUCGCUGAGGCUAAAGCUAUUAAAGAGCAAAUACAUGUGCUCGCCUAUGUUGCUGAGUUGGUUGCAACAGACCCGGUGCUAGCCUGGCAGAAGGCUAAGGAGUUGUUCGCGACCCUCAGCCAAGCGGAGCCAGAGAACCAAGCGCGGCCCGCCACGCUUGAGGAGUUGAUGGUACUGCUGGCGCGGGAGACGGCUCGCAAGAUGGUGCACCUUAUUAACUACACGCAUAAUGAUCUGCCCAAGAACGUUCGCCAAGGUCUUCAACUCAUUACCAAGACCCUGAAUGCUGCAACUGAUGCCCUCAUGAAGACUGUUCCUGUGGAAACAGCGAUGUCCGAAGUGAAGGGGUGGCGCAGCAAGCUGGAGACACUGGUGCAGCACCUACAAUCUGCGUCCAAAACCUACUUGGAACACUUGGCCAUCUUCUUGGCGGGAAACGAGGAACGCGAGAAGAUAGCGCCGCGGUCGACGUACGAGCAGCGGGACGACUUAGCGGCCAUUAACGGACUCAACUAAUUUAUUUACGAUAGCUUUAGACAAUUUAUAUUACUCUGCCUAUUAUUUUGUUAUGUUUUCUCCAUAAAUGUGUAAAAUAAAAAUAUAUUAUAGUAAGGUUUUUGAGGACUUUCUAUGUAUUUCUAUGAUUCUUGUAAGUUAAAAACUUUUAUAUUACUUGAAAUAUAUUUUCAUUCGGCUGUGGUAAGAACAUUUAAAGCUGCUAUGGCUGAUCGGCAGGAGUAUAGUGAUCUGAUAGCUAUAUUAUAAUACUCUGUUAUCCGAAUAAUAAAAAUAUUUAAUCAUAGGUAGAUUUUAAGAAUGAGUAGAAUAGAAUUAUGGAUUUAAUCAUCAUUGUCAUCAUAAUUUUAGACAGAUGGUAGAAUGGAGAAUCAUUAUGUAAGAAUUCAUUUGUUAUAACUUGUAAUGUAAUAAUUUUGUCCUAAUUUUAAUAAAUAAAUGUAACUUGUUGUUUAACGAUAUUCUCAUGGGCCUCAUGACAAUAAAACCGUAACUAACAUCUUGAAAACGUUGCAUCAUGACGGAAUAAAUUUUAUACCUUUUU